CAGUUAGCUUGGAUGUUAUACUACCUGCGGUUUCAAUGGUGUAACGUUAGCAGUGUAAAAGAAGGCUGGGAUGCAAAUAUUUUAGAAGUCUUAUCACAUAAAAAGAAAACCCGAAGCCACAUUGUCCAGGGUUUAUAAAAGGCAGGUGAACGUUAGUGAGUGAGGGAGAGGCAGACAUGGAUCAUCAGAGACAGAGGACUCUCUCCACAUCAGGAGAAUCUCUGUACGUGGUGCUGGGAGUUGACAAGAACGCCACGACUGAGGACAUCAAAAAAUGUUACAGGAAACUGGCUUUGAAGUUUCACCCAGAUAAGAACCCUGACAACCCAGAGGCAGCUGAAAAGUUUAAAGAAAUCAACAAUGCCCACUCUAUCCUGAUUGACGCCACCAAGAAGAACAUCUACGACAAAUAUGGCUCACUGGGGCUCUAUGUGGCGGAACAAUUUGGAGAGGAGAACGUCAACACUUACUUUGUUCUGUCCAGCUGGUGGGCCAAGGCCUUGUUUGUGUUCUGCUGUCUGGCCACAGGAUGUUAUUUCUGCUGUUGCUUGUGUUGUUGCUGUAAUUGUUGCUGUGGUAAAUGUAAACCUCGGCCACCCAUGGACCAGGAGCCUGAGUUCUAUGUCUCCCCUGAGGACCUGGAGGCUCAGAUGACAGCUGAAGAGAGAGAUGGAUCAGAGCCCAUUGUGAUGCAGCCAUCCUCAGCCACAGAAACCACCCAGCUCACCUCUGAUGCCCAUCACAGCUACAGGACCGAUUCAUACUAGAUACACACAUUAUUACGAUUUCCACCUGGAUUUCUUCAGCUCUACCCUAGCCACGGUACUAAUAACAAUACAUUUGCUUAUCAAUUCAUUGCCAAUUUUUCAAUCACCCCCAGCACUAACUGUUAUUUACACACACCAGCAUAUUUUACACACCGUCACCCUAGUAUUUUUACUAAAGUGGGGUAAGGGGAGACGACGAAAGAAAAGCUGGAGGCAUAGCGGCAGAACCAAACACUGAGCAGUCCUUUGUCACACAGCUUAUCCUAGUUUGACAUCCCAGAGUAACCUCCUCCAGAGGAGGUUGUUGACCAUCAAUGACUAAAUCAGAUGCGCUUGAUGACAAUCAUGUGUGUGGUGUUGUCAGAAGCACAGCGUGAGAAUAAAACUGUGACAUAUCAGUUGACAGUAUAUCACAGGCGCAGCAUAGUUUGACCCAUGAGAGGUAAACACUUAAUUUGGGAAUUAUUGUUUCUUCCAGAAUUCAAGCUAAAAUAACGUUCGAACUAUUAAGGUAGUAGUUUUAAUAUUUAAAAAAACUAUAAAGGGAAAUAUUUUGAGUUUACUAAUUAUUAGUAAAUGACUUCCAAACUAUAUAACAGUUCCAUAAUUUUAUUUUUCACAUUUUGUUAUAUUCAACUGUUUUUCCAGUUAUUUCUGGUCUAGAUACAGUAAGUUUAUGAAUAAUAAUACCUUUAGUACAAAGGUUCUUUGUGCAAAAAUUAUAUCUGAAGGUUGAGCCAUGGCAGGUGAUGUUCAUCUUCAGUCUAAACAUUUCUGACCCCAGAACAAGGCCACUUCACAAGUCUACAGGACCUGACUCUAUUGCUUACCAUUCUAACAGUGGUAAGAUACAGUUGCAAGACAAGUAUGUGAGCCCUUUAGGAUUAUGUGGGUUUCUCCAUUUACUGUACUGUAACAUGUUUUGAUCUUCAUCUAAGUCACAAUAAUAGAAAAACACCGUCUGCUUAAAUGAAUAUUGCACAAACAUAUGUUAUCAUGGUUUACUUAUUAUUAUUGAACAUAACAUGUGCAGUAAACAUUUACACUGCAAGGUGGAAAAAGUAUGUGAACCCCUAGUCUAAUGACUACCUCAAGUAUCAAUGUGAUGAAAUUGCAUGUGUUGCUGAAAAUGUACACCACUUUUGAGUUUACUGGUUUCAAGAAGCCCUGUAAUCAGAAAUUGUUGAAUUGCAUGAGGCUGGAAAGGGUUACAAAAGUAUCUCUAAAGGCCUUGAUGUUCAUGUGUCCAUGGUAAAACAGACUGUCUACGAAUGGAGAAAGUUUAGCACUGUUGCUACUCUCCCUCGGCGUGGUGGUCCUGUAAAUAUGGCCACAAGAGCACAUGUAGUAUAUAUGUAUAUAUACAUGUAGAUAGUUGAAAUCAAAAUUAAGUUGUUUGGAAAGAGCACACAACACUACAUGUAUGUGUGGAGACAAAAAUUUAUCAAGGAAAACUUUAUCUAUUCAGGAAAACUUAAGACCACCAACUGAAUUUCCACAGAUAAUGGGUGAAGCAACAGGACAACAACCCAAAGUCUACUAAUAAUUCAACAAUAGAAUGUCUUCAGAAAAACAAAAAAAAACCUUCUGGAGUGGCCCAGUCAGAGUCCUGACCUCAGCUUGAUUGAGAAGCUGUGGCGGUUUUGUGAGGAGUGGUCCAAAAUUACUCCAGAAACAGGAAACGUUUGGUUGAUUCGUCAUUAAGUACAAAGGUUCACACACCUUUUCCAUCCUGCACUGUGAAUGUUUACGUUAUGUUCAAUGAAAACAUCAAAACAUGGUGUUUCUGCAGUAUUAUGUUAAGUAGACACUGUUUUUCUAUUGUUGUGACUUAGAUGAAGAUCAGAGUAAAUUAUGUGACCAACCAAAACCUAUGUAAUUCCAAAGGGUUCAAAUGCUGUCUGAAGGUUGAGUCCUGUCACAUGGACUUUUUCUUUUGUGCAGAAAAAUCUCACCACCAUCCAGUAGCUUCAAUGGGAUUGUUAUGUGAACAAAGGGUGGGGGUAGUGAGUAGGUGUGAACUCUUCACUACCUGUCUCCUCCACUGUUACAGGGGUAUUGGGUGUGUCCUUUCUGUUGGACUUGUGAGGUGGUUUUAAUCUUCCUGGGAAUAGAAAAGGCAUCAGAAUAAAUUGGGGAUAGUAGUGCAAUGUUUCUACUGGCAAAGAGUCCAGUUGACAUGACUCAACCUUCAGAUGAUCUCACCUGGACCGACGUGGCAAGAGUACCGGUAGUUAUGAUUGUGAUGUCUGCUCAGUCCUCCCCUCCUUAAUUAACUACAAACAUAAUCAAUCUAAAUGUUUAACUGUUACUGCAGCUCUGACCAAACUCCCAUUUAACACAAGUGUGGUGGACUUAAAACCUGUGAAGGGUGAAACAGGCGCCAGCACAACCACCACCCAUCGGAAGUGAUUCAGAUGAUAUGAUUGUUUGGCACAACGACAAUUACAUGAUUAGAAAUUUACCAAAGGGUCGUGUGAAAGAAGUGAUUAUAUUUAAAUUCUAAUUAAAUGUUAUUUCUAAUGAAUCUUAAUUUUCUUAAGUUUGUUACUGAGCACUAACGGCAUCCUGAGAAAGAUGAACACAGAAUCAUUACUAGAUCUGUGACUACUGUCACAUGAGAAACCAGCCGUCUCUUUUUAGCUGGGACACAUGUAGCGGCUGCUCUCAGCUCCACGCUGGCUAGAAAUAGGUCAGUGAAGGGCUGAGGGGACUGGUGGGGGUGGAGCUGGACUCCUGAACUUGUGCCUGUCAGCAUGGACACGGCAGCUCACAAAAUCAGCACAUGCAUUUACACUGUGAAGUAAACCGGCCUUCACUAGGAUGGAGAAUGAAACGUUGGAGCUGAUCAGACGUCCGCUUCCACAGUCCCCCACUGGGGUAGUGUUGUGUUCAUGUUCUGUCUUCCCUAAGGAGACACUGUAACCCAACAGCUGCUUGAAGUGUUUAGUCACCGUGGCUAACGCACACCUAAUCCUUCUGGAUUUAACUGCCACUGGUUCAUUUUGCUCCGUCCAGUGUCUGUAAACAGUCUGCUGUUUAGUGAAAUAAUCACAUGAGGCCAGUUUCCAGGCAGGAGCAAUAAUUAGUGGUAUCAUGUGAUGAUAACAGUAUUUGACUGUGUAUUUACUGCAGGAUUUACUUUGUUUGCUGCUCCUCCAUUUCUUCAUUUACACUAAACAUCAACACUCCUGUUUGUGCUGUGAAAGCCAGAGUCCAGUUUUAAAGUCUGAGUAUGUACAUGUAGGAAAGAACACUGACACUGGCUGAACCUUCUUUUUUAGUUUUGACGAAGUAGAAACACUUUAUAUAUACUCUUAGAUUCUGAAAUUGUUUUGAAUGUUUCAUAUUUAAACAUUUAUUUUUCUUUUCAUCAAUUUGUCUGACAUUUUUUGCUUUCAUUAUUUUUGUUCUUUCUUAUUUAUGUUGUUAAUUAAGGGAAAUUAAUAUCCAAAGUUUUUUUUGUUUAUGUAGCAGCAGUUCUGUCGAUGUGAUGCUAAUAUUAAGUAGGACAUAAUUUGUUGUUGUUUGUCAUAUACCAGUCUCAUCCAGCUCUUGGGUAGUAGAAACGUUGCUUCAGAGGCCAUGCUCUUCUUAAUUUGUGUUUUUUAUUUUAUUGUGUGGCUUCUUUGAAAUAGUUUUGAUCUAUUUAAAAUUCCAAAACCUGUGUCUUCUAAAACUCUGUCUCAAGUUGCUCCAAUGAGGCUGCGAAAAAAACAUUGUAAAGUAUUCUCCGUGGCACAUAAAAAAACGCUCAAGUCAAGUCAAGUCGCUGCCGACCCAGCUAUCAGGACACUUUGGAUGGUCCAAGCUUUACGAGAGUAUCGCACAGAACAGACAAAUUUCUUCUACUCAUAUAAACCAUAAAAAUAAAAAAAAUUGUUCAGUCAGAUUGAUGUAUCUUCUAAUGUACAUCACUUAACACAAAUAAAAGCAAAAUUAAUGUCUUCCAUAGCCACUUUCUAAUCUAAAGUUUGUACGAAUGUUUGAAUGUGUAAGUUUGCAAAAAAUCCAUAGAAAAUCAUAAAUUCCAUCUGUUUAAGGCUGCAAACAAUAAUACAGUUCUGAUAAAUUAAGUAAAUAGAGAUUUGGAAAAUCCCUCUGAUUCUGAAUUCUUGUUUAGUUUGCUUUGAAUGUUGGCUCCAAGCUGACGCUGGAUGUCGAGGCUCUUUUGGAUGUUUUAUCAAACAGAUCUUCUGUUUUCAUUGUAUCCUCCCUGAUGACGUUUUGUGUCCACUGAAAGGAUGAACUGUUAAAUCCCACUUGUUUGUUUUUUUCUCAUUCCAUUGAUGAAACAUGCAGCAGCAUCUGUGUAAAUGCAGCGUGAAACAUGGAAUCGACUUUGAGCCGACUUCCACUUAAAGGCAAUGGCAAAUGACUAUAGUAACCAGAUGUAGGAAUGUGGAAGCGUUACUUUAUGUUUUUAAAACCGAUACGUUUCUAGUUGGUCUUUGAAGGGGACGUACUGUAUAGAAUCUUAUGUGUUGACCACUCUUAUGAUGAAAUGGCAAGUCUGCCACAUAGAGAUGUACGUGUUGGCUGUUUUUAGCAUGAACUGAUAUUAUUUUACUCUGUCAGGAACAAGUGAGUGUACUGUUGUAAAAUAAAUGUUUCUGAUGCUUACAA